AUGGUGAUGUUGCGUUAUUUGAUUUUUAGUUCCUUAAAGUUGAAAAAGAUUGGAAAUAUUCCGGCAAAGAAUUUGAUUGGAUUGAAUUUUAAUCAACCGUAUGUGAUUAACGCAGAUCUUUCUACCAGCCCUCAAGACCUUGGAGACGAUGGCAUGGUCGCAUCUAUGGAAGUUUACGAGGAUCUUGGUGGAUUGCUUCUUGGCGCACUUGCUGAAAGACAGGCUCUCCCUGUCAGCAUUCAUAGGAGAACGGGUAUUGCGCACCAGAUUGCGUAUAAAUUCAACCUUCCACAGGAUACCAUUGUUUCCGUUUCAUUCUGUGAUCUUGAUUAUGCUGGCUUUUUGCCAGAUCCUCUUAAACCAUAUAUUUUGGGAUCAAACAUUGCAGAUGGCAGCAAAAAACCGGUUCCAGAUCCCUCUGAACCUAAAGAAAGUAAUAGCGAGCAUGUUGAUGGAAAUGUUGAUGGAAAUGUCGAUGGAAAUGUCGAUGGAAAUGUCGAUGAUCAGUGUUAUCCACUCAUCAAGACAGCCUCCCAAUCUGAUGGGCCCCUUACUGUGCUCGAUGCUUCUUCUUUUGAUCACGAAGAGGCGUUUGAUGGCGCAAAAUGUAAGCGAAUCCGAAUUUCAAAUGUCAAACGUCAAGAUAAACGGCAUUUGAAAAAUCUAAAAAUUCAAGAGCUAUUCAAUAAAAGUAAUGAUGUAAGGCCAUUUGAUUCUCUUAUUUUGGCCAUAUCUCCCAGCGAUUUUCAGCAUCACAGCAUUUCUGAGUUCAUAAAGCUGACCAUUAACUGUUUUUCUGAAAUUGUGGAACCCUCUGGCUCGAUCGUUAUUUAUUCACAAUUCAAAGAGGUGCUUUGGACAUCCAAGGUAGCGAUUGUGGAAGAACUUCCACGGUCACCGGCAGCUCUCCGACAACCUCGCCGUCGCAUUCGAUUGCAAUGUCCACCGCAUUUGAUGAAAGGAAAAUUUUAUCCGAGAAAGGUCAACAUAAGCAACGGCAAUAGUAAAAAAUUCAGCCAACGGAACUUUUUUACCACUUGCAAGUACGAUGCAUUCGGGUUUGACGGGUCUGAUGAGGGCGACACAGAAAUUCCACCUCCAAAGCAGGAUCCAAUUGAAAUACAGGCAAAAAUAGAGCUUUCCUUAAAGUUACUGGAAGAACAUUGCAACUCAAUUUCCUUCCAUCGGACAGAAAAUAUCAACAGAAAUAUUGUCCACACAAAAUACGAAACCGAUCUAAGAGGGGAGGCCUUGAUCGCGCUGGAGAGCCGUCGAUAUUUAGACAUUGAUUGCAAAACAAGCGAUGAAAUCCCCACCGAAGCGAUAUUACAGAAAUAUCUUUUCGCGCCACACUUGAAGGUGAUUAGCCCGCAGUUGAGAUCUGAAUAG